CAUGACCGAACGGCAAACGCUAACUUUCAUUUGCCCGAUUCCCGCUCCCUUAUAAAUACAGUCUUCUUCUGUCAACAUCAUUUUAUUUCUUUCUAACUUUCCCGCGACCUUCCUCUACGUCGUUCGUAGCCAGGAAAACAGUUCUCCGGUUAAGGCACCUUCAAGAUAACCAACGAUGCUUGCAACACUCAAAGCGGAAGAACAAAGCCAACAGCUACAGCUUGUAGAGCGCGAAGAUAUUGAGGAUGAAGAUGAUUUGUUUGAAGCGAUCGAUAAACUAACUUCUCAUGGAAUUAAUGCUGGAGACGUGAAGAAGCUUCAGGACGCAGGGAUAUACACCUGCAACGGUUUGAUGAUGCACACGAAGAAGCACUUGACCGGGAUAAAAGGCUUAUCCGAGGCGAAGGUUGAUAAGAUAUGCGAAGCUGCCGAAAAGCUAGUGAAUUUUGGUUAUAUCACUGGAAGCGAUGCUCUGCUCAAGAGAAAGUCCGUGGUUCGCAUUACCACUGGAAGCCAGGCUCUCGAUGAACUCUUAGGAGGUGGAAUUGAAACUCUAGCAAUCACGGAAGCUUUUGGAGAAUUCAGGUCCGGGAAAACGCAACUCGCGCAUACUCUAUGCGUCUCUACGCAGCUUCCUACCAGCAUGCGGGGAGGGAAUGGAAAGGUUGCAUACAUUGACACUGAAGGCACUUUCCGACCUGAUCGAAUUGUGCCCAUAGCUGAAAGAUUUGGCAUGGACCCAGGAGCUGUUCUUGACAAUAUCAUAUAUGCUCGUGCCUACACCUACGAACACCAGCAUAAUCUUCUGCUCGGUCUUGCUGCAAAAAUGUCUGAAGAGCCAUUUAAGCUUCUGAUUGUCGACUCUAUCAUCGCACUUUUUCGAGUGGAUUUCACCGGAAGAGGAGAACUUGCAGAGCGCCAGCAAAAAUUGGCACAGAUGCUGUCUCGAUUAACUAAAAUUGCAGAAGAGUUCAAUGUAGCAGUUUACAUGACCAACCAAGUCGUUGCAGACCCCGGUGGAGGAGUGUUUGUUUCAGAUCCCAAAAAACCAGCAGGAGGCCAUGUUCUUGCCCAUGCCGCUACAGUUAGAUUGAUGUUCAGGAAAGGCAAAGGUGAACAACGGAUCUGUAAGGUGUUCGAUGCCCCUAAUUUGCCAGAGUCCGAAGCUGUAUUUCAGAUAACACCAGGGGGCAUUGCCGAUGCGAAGGACUGAGGUCUCAUAUGAUUUUGGAAUACUGAAGGUAGGCUCAGGUUGAAAUGUUUAAUUUCUCAUCUAGUUACUAGAUACGUAUGUUUAUCUCGAAGUGACAAUAUAUCUCCUCCAUAUGUAGAUUGUAACUUUUAGCAUCCCAUAACGUUUCUUGGCUUACCUCAUAAGCAAUACAAAAGAUAAAAUAAUCAAAGGGUA